GACGGGCCGAAUUGAGUGGCCAAGCGGUAUUUCAUUUGAUCUGUUUCAUCGCUGUUUAGCCUACGGAAGGGCCGAUUUGACCGGAAGCUGGCUACUUCUGUUACGGGUUGAACACUAUACCUAGGCUGCUGAAAACCGGUCAUAAAUGGAUCAUCAUCCUAUAGAACAGGCUGAGGACGGCAUCAUCCAGAUCGAGGAUGACGUCGACUCUUCCUACGGGGAUUACAGUGAUGUGGCAUCAGGGACCACCUCACUCUAUUCCCAGAUAACCAGCCACGUAUAUGAGAAUGGAAGGAGAUACAACGGCUGGAGAUAUGGAACAUAUUGGGGCCCGAACGACGAACAGGCCUCCGAUAAUCUCGACCUCUUCCAUCAUGUCUUUAAUCUCACUUUUGGAGGACGUACGUUCCUGGCACCCAUAGGCGACAAUCCCCAACGGGUUCUAGACCUUGGUACAGGGACAGGAAUAUGGGCGAUGGACUUUGCGGAUGAAUUCCCGUCUGCAGCCGUCAUCGCUACAGACGUUUCUGCAAUCCAGCCGACGCUGGUCCCGCCGAAUUUGGAAUUCCAGAUCGAUGACUUUUGUGAGCCAUGGACGUUUCGGAAGGAAAGCUUUGACUACAUACAUGCACGAUGUAUUUACGGUUGCAGUUCGGACUAUCCCGCUCUCUAUCAGGAAGCGCUUGAUCAUUUAAAGCCUGGUGGUUGGUUUGAGCAAGCUGAGAUUAGUGUGGUGGCACAGUCAGACGAUUCAUCCUUGAAGGGAACGGCGAUUGAGCGCUGGGGACCCUUAGCUCACAAGGUGGGCGACGUAUUUGGAAAGUCCUUCCGUAUUGUCGAUGAGAUGACGGACAUGAUCAAGUCGGCGGGAUUUGUCAAUGUCAAGAAGCGGACAUUCAAAUGGCCCAUUGGCACAUGGCCCAAGGACCCUAAACUAAAAGAGAUUGGGCUGUAUAACAAGCUGGGCUGGGAAGAAGGUUUGGACGGAUGGGCCAAUUUUCUUUUCACAAACUACCUUGGGUGGACUUUGGAGGAAGUUCAGGUCUUGACAGCCCAUAUACGCAAUGAUUUACGCAACCCUAAAGUUCAUGCAUGGCAACAUGUGACUGUUUGUUACGGACAGAAGCCUACAGCCAAGAAAGCUAAGGAUUAACUGUUGAAUACUCAUAUUGAUAUUGCGCACAAGGUUAUGAUGAAUUGAAACACUCUCUUACGAUGACAUGAAUUGUUCUCUUGUUUGAUUUCCUUACUUCUCUGGCCGGCCUGGGUUUUGAGCGAGGAUUAUAGAGCUUGCGCUGUGUAUUCUAACUGCCACGACAUAGGAAUCGUAUGUAUGAGUUGGGUUAUGGGAUGGAGUUGGACAUCGACAUUUUCAGCCUUGAGGUAUUCCAAUCACUUCUUGCAAUGUUUUGUGGUUGGUUUGUGGUCUCUGCUUCUGGUGUCGUUACUUUUCUUACUAGAUGCCAUAUCAUGCCGAAGAGGCUCUUUUGAAGACAAGUUAUCAGGUAGUCAGUUAACUACAGAG